AUGGCUAAUGAUAGGGAGAUUUUGCGUGAGGUGUGGGAGGGUAAACUACCCAUUUCGUUUCAAUUGGAUCCUGAUGAAGUGGUUGAAUUGCAACAACCGGACCCUUUUUAUUUAAUGGUUCCGCGUUUGAGUUAUUUUCCUUUGGUUACGGAUAAAGUGCGCAAACAUUUCCUACGGUAUGUGGCCAAUGAUAAACAGGACAGGGAAAUGUGGCUGGAGUAUGAUGGACAGCCCAUGAAAUGGCACUAUCCCAUUGGUGUUCUCUAUGAUUUACUUAUCACUUCAGAUGAUCAGUUGCCGUGGAACAUAACUGUCCACUUCGAUAAGUUCCCAGAAAAUCAGAUUUACAAAUUCAGCAACAAAGAGACUGUUGAGUCAUAUUUCAUGGCUUGCUUGAAGGAAGCCGAUGUGUUGAAGCACAGAGGACAAAUUGCGAGUAAUAUGCAGAAAAAAGACCAUAAUCAGUUGUGGUUAGGCUUACAAAAUGACAAGUUUGAUCAAUUCUGGGCUGUGAACCGUAAACUCAUGGAAGUCUCACAAGAGCAAGAACACUUCAAAUACAUUCCGUUUAAAUGUUACUUGGAUGAUGGUUAUAGACAGAAAUUGAUAAAACCAGUUGAUGAAGAUGGGCGUCGUAAAACCCUACAAGACUUAAUUAAUGAAAUGUUUCCAGGAAAAAAUGUUGUCAUUAAAACCCAUGGUAUGAUCCCUCCCCUUGAAACACCUUUGCAGUGGAUGUCCGAACAUCUUAGUUAUCCAGAUAACUUUCUGCAUUUGUGUGUACAGACGUAAAGCUUUUGUGUGAUAUUGUCAAAAACUUUUGUAUUUAUUGCCUUAUUGUGAAAUGUACGUUAUGUAGGUGCACAAGCUUAAUUUUUAGUUAAGACUAAAGAUAAUAUAUUCAAAAUGUAAUUAUGGAUGUUGAGACACGUAGUAGGUAAAUUUAUUUUCUGCCAUGAGAAACUUAUUACUGUCUCUUCUCAUUGUUUAGAUAGAUUCAUUUUGUUGCAAUGCAAGGCCAAAAUAUUUAAAAAAUUAUACUAUAAAUUUUUACAUUCAAAUAAAGUUCUUUCAAGUA